AAAUCAUUUCAUGUUUUUAAAGUAUGAUCUUGACUCUAUGUAGUUUCGGCCGAUUUUUUGGAUUUGGAUUCUAAUCUAAAAUGGACACUUUGCUAAAAUAAGAUAAUUUAACCUUAGAAACUAUUUUGAAUGAAGAAGACAUUUUAGCUGAAUUAAAAAAUUCAAGUUCAGGUAAAUUUGCUGAUUUGUAAGAAAAAAAUUUUAUUAUUUCUUAGCAUAAUUUCACAUCCCAUUGAAUAUAAAAAAAUGAUUGAUUACAUCACAAAUGAUAUUACAGAUUAAUAGUCAGAUAAAAAUACAUGCAUUAAGUAUUAAUAUAUAUUGAAUAUUUUUUAAGAUAUCCAUUUUACAUUAGUGAAAUAUUAGGUUCUGAAAAUGAGAAAUUGAUUAAUUUCUUAUUUGAAAAGCAAGGAGAUACAUCCUAGGAAGAAAUUUAAAAUCCCCUUGAUGAUCAUCCAACAGAGAGCUAACCUUAAGAUUUUCAAAAUGAGAAUGAAUAACUCAGAAAUAAGCUCCUACCUGAUCUUCUAUUUCUAUUAGAAAAUGAUUCCAUUUUAAUUACUUCAGCAGGAUAUUUUGCAAAGAUUAUCUCAGCAAUAAUCCAUAAAAGAGGAUUUGAUGUAUAUUAAUUAAUAAUUUAAGUUUUGGGAUUAUUUAAAAUAGAAUCCAGAAACAAUAUCAAAUUUAUUUAAGCACAUAGGAAUAAGACAUAUAACUGAAAUCUUUGAAAAAUUGAUUAUUCUAGAUACAUGUUAAGAAGAACAUGAUGAAAGAUUAUAUAUACAAGAGAGACAAUAAUUGAUAGCCAGAUUACUUAAAUACCUUAAUGGAUAAUCACAUUCAAAUACCAUUAUUACAAAUAUAUGUGAAACAUUUAUUGAAAUAUAUAAAAGAGCCUUGAUGUCUCUUGAUGGAAUGAUUGUUUUGAGAGAACUCUUGUUAUCAGUAGAAAAACCAUAAUUCUUUAUGAAUCUAGCAAUUAAAACUUAAAAUAGUGCAGUUUAUAAUUUGCUCAAUAUUCAAUAUGAAUUUAAUCUAAAAAUGUCAUAGCUUGAAGAUAAACACUACGAAAUAGAUUUUUCCACUUUUUAUAAACCAAUAUUAGAUGCAUCAACAGCAGCUUUAACCUAAUAAGAUAUAUUUAAAGGAUCUUUUUAAACUACUUAUGGAGCUAUAAUUAAACCUUUAGGAGAUUCAAAAUUGUCAUUAUUAUAAUUAAUUAUAUAAUUAAUUUCAAAAUAAGAAUUAGCAAUCAUUAUUGAAAAAGGAUAAAUAUUUUAAUAAGUAAUUAAUUUAGUUAUUGCUUAUUCAACAAAUAAUUAAUUACAUAUCCUAUUUCAUAAAAUGGUAGAAACUAUUGUAGAUUCUAAAAAUGAUCAUUUACAUGAGCUCUUUUUUUAAGAUACAAACUUUUUGGAUUUCCUCAUAAAUAAUAAUGGUUCUGAAGAAAGAGCAAAAAAACAUGGAUAUAAAGGUAUAUUGACUAAAAUUACUAAUUAUAUUAAUUCUACCUAUUAACAACAUUAAAUAAUAUAAUCUGCAAUUUUAAAUAGUGAAAAUAAAUGGAAAAAUUAUAUGGAACAACUAAAGCCAAUCAACGAUAUUGAAUAAUCAUGGUUGUUAGGAGUUAAUCCAAGAUUCAGAGGAGAAUAAAUAAAUGUGGAUUCUUAUAGUCCUCCUCUUUAAUGGCCUGAAUAAUUAGGUUCUGAAUAUAAAUCCAUCAAUAAUCCAUCUUCUGAAACAAAUGAAAAUUAAUAAGAAUCAAAAGAAGAUAACUCAAAUCAUAAUUAAAAUGAAGAAAUUUAAUAAUAAGCUGAUUAAUUUGAUUCUGAAGUAGCUUAAAUAGAAAAAUAAGAAGCCAUGGAGGGAGAUGAUGUUCCUGUAAAAGAAGAAAAUAUUGAAUAAGAAGAAGAAUCAUAGCCUUAAAAUCAUGAAUUAUAAAUUGUUGAUUCUCCAAUUUAUGUUGAAGCUGUUUAGAUUGAAUUAGAAAAUGAAUAAAUACCUGAAUAGACUUUAGAAAUUAAGCAAGAAUAAUAAAUAUAAUAAGAAUAAGUAGAACAAUUAUAAGAAAAAGUAGAAUAAUAAUAAUAGUAACAAUAAUAAUAAUAAGAAUAAGAAUAAGAAGAAGCCUAAGAAUUAUAAUAAUAAGAGAAACUGGGUUAAGAGGAAUAAAUCUAAGAACCAUAAAAUAUACUUCAAGAAUAACCAAAAUUGGAAUAAUAGUAAAAUUAAGAACAAAUUCAAGUUGAAUAACAAGAAAUCUAGUCCAAGAUAGAAGCUAAUGAAAGUUAAGAAUAACUAAAGCAAAAUAAUGAACCUCCACAUGAGGCCUGAAAAUAAUAUUAUUAUUAAUAUUAUAUUUUUAUCAAAU